AUGGCCCCCGCCCCGCCCUCUGCAGCCUCCUUCUCGCCCGCCGAGGUCCAGAGGCGUCUGGCGGCCGGCGCCUGCUGGGUCCGCUGCGGGGCCCGCCUCUACGACCUCACCGACUUCGUGCGGCACCACCCGGGGGGCGAGCAGCUGCUGCGGGCGCGGGCUGGCCAGGACAUUAGCGCCGACCUGGACGGGCCGCCGCACCGGCACUCGGCCAACGCGCGCCACUGGCUGGAGCAGUACUACGUGGGCGAGCUGCGAGAGGACCCGCAGGGUUCCUUGGAGAACAGGGCUGUGGCCUCCGUGGAGACUCAGAAGACAGACCCUGAAAUCGAACCAAGGUUUAAAGAGGUGGAUUGGGAGAAGGACCUGGUGGACUGGCAGAAGCCCCUACUGUGGCAGGUGGGCCACUUGGGAGAGAAAUAUGAUGAGUGGGUCCACCAGCCGGUGACAAGGCCCAUCCGCCUUUUUCACUCGGACCUCAUUGAAGCCCUCUCCAAGACUGUCUGGUACAGUGUUCCCAUCAUCUGGGUUCCCCUGAUGCUGUACCUCAGCUGGUCCUACUAUCAAACCCUCGCUCAGGGCAACGUCCGGCUCUUCACAUCCUUCACCACAGAAUACUCAGUGACGGUGCCAGAGUCCAUGUUCCCGGGCCUCUUCAUGACAGGGCUGUUCCUCUGGAGCCUCAUCGAGUACCUCAUCCACCGCUUCCUGUUCCACAUGAAGCCCCCGAGUGACAGCUCUUACCUCAUCAUGCUGCACUUCAUCAUGCAUGGUCAACACCACAAGUCUCCCUUCGACGGCUCCCGCCUGGUCUUCCCCCCAGUGCCAGCAUCUCUAGUGAUCGCCUUCUUCUACGCGCUAUUACGCCUCAUCCUGCCCGAGGCGGUGGGAGGCACUGUGUUCGCUGGGGGCCUCCUGGGCUACGUGCUGUAUGACAUGACUCACUACUACCUGCACUUCGGCUCUCCUCACAAGGGCUCCUUCCUGUACAGCAUGAAGGCCCACCACGUCAAGCAUCACUUUGCACAUCAGAAGUCAGGAUUUGGUAUCAGCACUAAGUUGUGGGAUUACUUUUUCCACACCCUCAUCCCGGAGGAACCCCACCUGAAAACGCAGUGACCACGGCCAGCCCCUCCGUCCUGCCCUCAGCCCAGCCCCGGCCUUGACCCACUCCCACCCCUGCUAAGAAGGUUUGUUUGGCCAGGCAGCACGGGCUUCUUGGAGGGUGCUGGGGAGACCCGAAGA